AGAGGAAUGCUGAACAUCGGAUAAACAUGUUUGCCACAUUAUGAAAUAGUCUUCUUAGCCUACUUAUUUUUGGUUGAGACAAGAGAACUGACCAUCCUUGAGGUCCGCUGUCAUUGUUGAAAGCGUCUUUCUCUGCACAAGUGACUGUCUAUCUCUAGUAGCCUACCAGUUGCUACUCAAAAUGUUGGAAGAAGUUGCACCGGGCUGGUUGUCGGAGGAAGUAAAAACUGGGACUACAAUUAUAGGCAUUGAGUUCGAUGGAGGCAUCGUACUAGGCUCGGACUCUCGCGUUUCAGCUGGUGCAUCAGUGGUGAACCGGGUGAUGAAUAAGCUGUCUCUCCUCCAUGAUAAGAUCUACUGUGCCCUGUCCGGCUCCGCUGCUGAUGCCCAGACCAUUGCUGAAAUUGUGAACUAUCAGCUGGAUGUGCACAGUGUUGAGCUGGGAGAAGAACCUCUUGUACGAUCUGCAGCCACGUUGGUGAAGAACAUCUCCUACAAAUACAAAGAGGAACUGUCUGCUCAUCUCAUUGUCGCUGGCUGGGACAGGAAAAAAGGAGGACAGGUGUAUGCCACCCUGAACGGUCUCCUGUCCAGACAGCCGUUUGCUGUGGGUGGCUCCGGCAGCUCCUACAUCUACGGCUUUGUGGACGCUGAGUAUCGGAAGGACAUGAGCCGCAGAGAGUGCCAGCAGUUCGUUGUGAAUGCUCUGACACUGGCGAUGAGUCGAGAUGGCUCCAGUGGGGGUGUGGCCUAUCUUGUCACCAUUGAUGAAACAGGAGCUGAGGAGAAGUGUGUUCUUGGCAAUGACUUGCCCAAAUUUUUUGAUCAGUGAUCAAAUGUUUACCUUUUGAAGAAUAAACUACUAUGACAUAACCACCCAGG